AUGGAUCGCGAAACAGGAAAUCUCACGAGAUCGUUUCAGUUCAUGCUCAGACAUUUGGAUGCAGACCUGGAGAAUUUGCUGGAGCAGUCGGUGCCGCCGGUGGACCUCAGCAUGCUGGCCUGCUUCCGCGGCAUGAUGUUGAAGCUGAAGAAGGAGGCUUGCAAAGAGCGGCUGGCGGCGCAGAUGGCCGCUGCAACAGCUCAGCAAGCUGAAGCCAAGGUGGAGGAUGAUCUUGUGAAGCUGAUUGCGUACUUUGAGGAGAAGAAAGCCUUGGCCAACAGACAGGCAAGCCGUAUCCUCAGUGUGAGCACCAUUCACCGGAGCUUUGCAUUCCAGAGAAGCAAAGCCAUGCUCGGAUCUCUCGGGCCGGUUUCCCGGGCACGUGUUUGUGACCUCUGGGGGGACGAGGACAACAGGACCACCCCACUCCAAAGAGUCCAACAACGAGGACUUCGGGGAACGAAGGAGAUUUUGACGGGACUGCUGGAGAACAUGUCUGCGCCAUCAGGGAAGCCAGUCAUUGUGGCCGACUUGGUUCCCAACCAGUUCAAUGAAUUUGGACGUGCAAUUGCCGAGCUGCAGAUUGAGAAGUUCAACAAUCCGGGAAGUUGCUACAACUGGCACUUCGUCAGCUACCCUCAUCCAGAUGAUUUGGAAUGCAACAGCUUUGCAGCAGCACAUUGCUGGUGUCUUCAUGAAUGUGUGGUCCUCGGUCUUAGUGACAAUGAGUUUGACCGACAGAUGACGACUCAACCCCUGAUCUCGUCUCAGGACUGGUGGGAUGCUUCACCUCAAGCUGGCCCUAAAUUGCGUCCACAGGCUGACACUGAACGCCUUGUCGUGCCAACCUUGGAAGUCUUGUCGCUGGACACAGACUUCAAGGUGACGUUGCCGGAAACGGUGAAGUCAGCGCUGGGCACCAGCAAAUCCGAGUCUUGGCAGAAGAAGGUGAAUGCCCUGAAUCUGCAGUCAGCUCCUCUGGGAACCAGUACUCCAGCAGCCGUCUCUGGAGCGGGGGCAGGGCAAGCUGAAGGGAGGACGGGCAACAGGAAUGUUGCCAGAACGCUUUGCCGCCCAGAGUUCAGCCCCGGAGCUACCCCCCCGGAUCUUCUCCGAACCCUGGUAUUGGACAUGAUGCCAGUUGGCGAGCUCGAGGAAAAGUUACAGCGCCUACACAAACAAGAAGCUACGUUUGAUUUUGAUUUUUGGUUAGAGCACAGUGACGGGAAGUCUGCAGCCUUCGACACUGCAUUGAGGUCCUUCGUCCAGGCUCCCGCAUCAUCUUGCGACAAGAUUGAUGUCUUUAUCGAGACUGGCACCGAGCCAGGAAUUUACCUUGGCAACUCCAGCGAAAGCGAGAGUGUGACGAUGCAAGCCGGGGAGUUGUGCGGUUUCAACAUUGGAAGCUUCGUGGAGAGAGCACAAGGCAUGGCACGGAACAACAAGGACAAGCGCUUGCCGUUUAUGUUGGAGAAUGACUGGUCGUUGGUCGUGUUCCUCGACCCCGUCCGUGGUAAGGUGGCCAUGUCUGUGGCAGAGCUCGUGUGCCACGCAACCCAAACGCAUGGAAUCACGGAAGUGAACCUUGUGGACCACAAGCUCCAACAGAUGCUCGACGAUGGUGUCUCGCUGAGGAUGUUUCGCUACACAGUGGAGGCGAAUGCCAAGGUGAAUUGCUUCGAGCCCAAGGCUCUGGAGGAGGGUGCCGAUGCCAGGUCCUCUCAACUUGGGGCUGCUAUGCGUGGUCGCUUCACCAAGUACCCUUUGAGUGGCCCCAACUGUGCCUUGUUGUGGGAGGCACGACGCGGGCUCAAGUUGAAGUUGUUUCAUCUCAGACUGACUGACUCAUUGUCAUUAUAA